AUGCUUUUCCGAUCCGUCCUUGACAGAGAGGUUGGGAGACGGCGGCGUAACGCAGAUCCCAACCAAAGAUACCCUCUGACCUCUCUGCUGGACUGUUACCAGUGUGUCCGACACGAUGAGCACGUCUCCUAUGGAAACCUGGGUGUGCCUGUGCCGCCCUUUGGAGUAGCUUUUUCCACAGCAAGAGGCCUGCAGAGUGUCCUUGCAGUAGCCAACGAAGAAGGCGUUGUCAGGCUCUACAACACAGAGAGCCGUGAAAAUCCAGUUCUAAAAGAAUGGAUGGCUCAUGAGAAUGCUGUCUUUGACAUAGCCUGGGUUCCAGGAGAGGCUAGCUUGGUCACUGCGUCAGGUGACCAGAUGGCCAAACUGUGGGAUGUGAAGUCCGGGGAGCUUUUGGGCUGCUUCAAAGGGCAUCAGUGUAGCCUCAAGUCCGUUGCAUUCACCAAGCAGGAGAAAGCUGUAUUUUGUAGCGGUGGCAGAGAUGGGAAUAUUAUGGUCUGGGACACUAGGUGCAGCAAAAAAGAUGGUUUCUACAGACAGGUGAAACAAAUCAGCGGGGCUCACAAUAAAGCAGACAAGAUCACACCUUCCAAGGUGAAGAAGAGACGGCCUGGCACACGUGGCAUGGCCCCCUCAGUGGACUCCCAGCAAAGUGUCACAGUGGUUUUGUUUCGGGAUGAGCACACCCUUGUCUCUUCUGGAGCUGUUGAUGGAAUAAUCAAGGUGUGGGAUCUUAGGAAAAACUACACCGCACACCAUCACAAUCCUGAACCCCUCCAGAAAUAUCUCUACCCUGGCUCCAGCACACGAAAAAUUGGUUAUUCUGGACUUGUUUUGGACUCAACAGGAUCUAACCUGUUUUCCAGCUGUAUUGAUAACAACAUCUACAUGUUCAAUAUCAGUGGAUUAAAAACUACUCCAGUGGCUGUCUUUGCUGGCCACCUCAACUCCUCAUUUUACAUCAAGUCUACUGUUAGCCCGGAUGACCAGUUCCUGGCGAGUGGCUCAAGUGACCAUCAAGCAUACAUCUGGAACAUUUCUGAUCCUAGUCAUCCGCCGAUGACGCUUCAGGGCCAUAGCCAGGAAGUGACAACUGUUACAUGGUGCCCCAGCGAUUUUACUAAAAUUGCUUCCUGCUCAGACGACAACACGGUGCGGAUCUGGCGGCUUGACCGGGGAAUGGAUGGACAGAGAUCCUCAGUGGGAGAGGCCAAUCUUGUUGGUUGGGCUUGUGCGAAGUUAACCACUAAUGUGUUGAGUCCAACUGUAAGUACACCUACUCAAAGCCCAAGGACCAAGAGUCUUGGAGGACUGGCCUCACCACAGCUAGCCGCCUGUGCCCCAAAUGGGGCCGCCUUACCACUGCCCUCCAGCACCACUUCACCCAUCCAAGCUCGGGAUGUCAGGCCCCCUCAGCACAGAACCCCACCCACCAUCAAACAAUGGUUUUCCCCCAUCCCCGGGUCACCCUCCGAUCAGGUCAGCCCUCUGCCGCGUAGGGUACUAAAUCCCUUUCCCCAGAGCCCAGUGAGGACCGCCUCUCCCUCAGAGCGACGGGUCAAGCGGAGGCUGGAGACUGGUAAUGAUGCAUCAGGGAGCAGCGACGCUGCACAGCACUGUGAUUGUGUCACAGAACUUUUUCCCACAGCCAAGAGGAGCAGAACCCUGGUGGGUGUGUGCUGCUCUAACAAAGACCAGCCUCAGAGGGUGGAGAGCUGCAAGGAUGCUCCGAUAGAAACGGACUCUUAUGUAGAUAACAACAAGCAAACCACAUCAACACAGACUGAAAAGGAGAAUUGUUCUCCUGGAGCAGUGGACUGGUUGUCGGUGAUGGGCCAAAGGCAGAAGAAAACCCGUGGAGGUCCCAGCAGGCCCAGAAGCCCAAAUGCCUCAAAAAAACAAGAGGGCAAGACCCCAGCAUCACCGACAAUCUGCUCACCACAAACCAUGAAGAAAAUCUCUUCAUAUUUCCAGAGAAGGACUCUAGAGUGACCUGUUGGGAGUGACCUUUGUGUGUGUGUGUGUGUUUGUGCUUUUUGUCUUUUUAAUUAAUGGGCUUUUAAAAAAAAAAUAAGCAGGGCCUGUAGACAUAAAACACCUAUGGAUAGAGUGCAUGAUUAUUAAAAACUGAAGCUGGAUGGUGAAUUAGAAAACCAACAGCUAACAUU